AUGGAGGAGUUACGGGUAGAUAUGGGAAAGGAAGUUGCUGGUAUAUCUCAUGAUUUUUCUAUUAUUCACACCAAAGUAUAUAUCAUUGUUGCUGCAAUUACAAAUGUUGUGAAAUGGUAUCAGUCGUUAAUUCUGAAGGUUGAUAAAAUAGCAGAGGUUGAUACACAAAGUUUUUCUAAGGUUGAAGCUUCGUUGAUUAAUCUUAAUGAUUUAGUCUCAAAGAUUGGUUCAUCCUCUUCUCUGAUUACUCCUGAUUCUUUAUUCCAAAAGUUUGAUGCCUUGGAGUCGACACUCAAAGCUGAAUUGGCUCCAUUUGUAACAUCAUGUUCGGAUCAUCUGUGA